AUGAGUGGUUCCUCCUUCAAUGGUCUUCUUGACGAAGUUCCUGGAGUGGGGCUUGACAGAUUUAACAAUGGUGCAUCUGUAUUCUUGCUAACGCAUUGCCAUGCAGAUCACUUGGUGGGAUUGGAAAACAUAAACUUCUCUGGUACUAUAUAUUGCUCUCAAAUUACUAAAGAUUUAUUGAAACUAAAGAGCAAGUAUAGCCACAAUAUCAAUUACGUAAGAGCCUUGGAUCUAAAUCAAAAUUAUGAGCUUUUUGUUGGUGGUCAAGUGGUCACCUUGACCUUGAUCUCCGCAAACCACUGCCCUGGUGCAGUCAUGUUCUUAGUUGAGACUGAAGCUGGUAAGUCGGUGCUUUGUACAGGUGAUUUGAGAGCUGAAACAUGGUGGCUUGAAAGUUUGAAGAAUAGUAAUCCGUAUCUAUUGCCGUAUACUUCUAAGUUGAAGCAGAAACAAUUAGAUAAUAUAUACCUUGACACAACGUUUGGCUACAGAGGGGAGCCAUUCAUAGAAAUGCUAAAUAAUAAUGAUGGUAUUAACAUUGCUAUACUGUUGUUAAAGUCCUAUCCCAUGAACGAUCCCGAAAUUUGCUUUUUCUUUAAAGACUUUAUCCUUGGAUUUGAAUUGGCUUGGUUGAAUAUCUGUAAAAGCUUUAAUUCAAGAUUGCAUUUAAGUGAGGCAUUGAAGAGUAGGUUGAAGGUGCUAGGUGGUGCCUACGAAGAGAUUAUAGCAAAGGAAAACGAAAAUUGUUCAUUCCAUGCUUGUGAGUUUAAUUCUACUUGUUCCAAAGAAUCUACUCUGCGAUUCAAUGUGCUGAUACGACAGUGUAUAAAUUUCAAUGCUGUCGAUUUUGCUGGUGUAUUCUGUCCUAUUCUGUUGGAUAAUAUAGAAGAUGAGGAGAUGGAAAAGGACUUAACGUUAGUAGCAGUCACCAAGAAGGGUAACAAAAUAUAUCAGUUUCGUAAGCGUAAGUGGAUAUUACCUAAGGGCCAAAAUGAAUUGCUUUCCAAUGAAAUUAAAUUAAUCUUUUCAAGACAUUCAUCGUAUAUGGAGUGCUGUGAUCUUAUUAAGUGCUUUGAACCGAAACAGAUUUAUCCAUGCGUAGACUCCAAAGAGUCUUGGAAGUUGGGGGUGCAAAUGUCAAGAUUGUUUGGGAAAUAUUGUAAUUCCAAGCAACCAUCUAUGCCUCUGGAGUUCAAAUAUGAUACUAUGAAAUUAAUAGAUUGGGGAUUACCUUCGAAUGAAGUUCGUGAGCGACCAGUUAAGAUUAUCAAUCGGUGGAAUUUCUUGGAAUGCCAAAGUGAAAUGGGUAUUGCAGCCGAUUACUUGAAAUAUACCAGAAAAGAUAGUGGAAGUGCUUUCACAUUGAACAUCAGAGGGCAGCAUUGGACGUCUCAGUUUAGAGACCCAGAUUAUUCUGAAGACGAUAGGAAAUGUGACCUCGCUAGGAGGAAAGAUUAUCAUCUUCAAAACAUUAUAAUCGGUAGAGGGGAGAGAGCCUACAAGACUAUAAUUCAAGACCUUCAGAAGUUGUACAGAAACUUAGAUGUUGACAAAGGCAAGGGCUUUGAAUUUCAAAGAGAUUUCAAUGAAGAUGCACUUCAUGAAGAAACUACAGCUUAUAGCACAAUUAAGUUGGGGGGCUUGGAUGGUUACAACUACGACAAGGAAAGUAACAGCAUGGAAGAAAGUUUUAGCCAUGUGCCAAGCAGUGAGAUUGAGAAAAUUCAAUCAGACGUUGAAACCGAUAUUGACGAAGGAGAAGAAGACGAAGAAGAAAAAGAAACUCUCGGGGUUCCAUCCCAACUCAUUGAGGUUGGAGACUAUUUAGUGCUAAAAAGGCUUUCUUCUGCAGCAUUAGAUGAUGAUGAUACACAGAACCAUAAAAGACAGAGUACUGGAGUACCAACUUCCAUGAAAUUUUCGUUUCUGGUUCUGGUCUCUGAAGAUCAUUGUAAGAAAGGUUCUUCCAGUCUAGAGUUUGAUGCUGAAGUUGAGCCUAAAGAGGAAAUAGAGACUGAAAGGAGAAUGCCCUUGAAAAAAGAAGUGACAGACAACGAUGAAGCAAUUAGUACAGUGAGUGUCACUUUGCAGGCUAAUCCGAUGUCAUGGCUUGGAAUGGGACUCAAAUCGGUGUACCCAGAGAAGGAAAAAAGUAGUCCAGGCUAA